AUGGCACUUGCUCCACGCUCGUCUCUGGCUCUGCGCUCCCUGCUGCUGCUCAUGUCGAACAGGAAGCCACAUCGGAGCUGUUUCUUCUCCUCCUCCUCCUCCUCUGCUGCCGCCGCCGCUCCUCCAGGAACAUGCACUCCGACUGCUCUUGCCGUUCAGCCUCCAGCCGAUCCAGUUCCGCUGUCAGGUUCGAGUCGUCACCUGUCGGUUGCCCCGGAAGAACGAGUUAUUCAUCCAUUUCCAUGUAGUAGCACACCUAAAAUCCCAAUCCACAAGCUUUCUCAUCCCACCCUCCAAGAUCCUAAGCACACUGAACUUGAACCCCUCACCGAAAAGCCUUCGACGUGCACCGCCCCAGAAAAUCUUACACGCCUACUUCCUGAGGAUUCAUGCAACACACUUCAGCCUCCGACCCACAAACCUUUGCCCAAGAAACAUCCUACUCAUAAACUUUCCCAUGAUCCUGGUCACGGAGUUGCUCUGGGCUCACGCAGACGCAGCUCUUCGCACGACCAACCUAGGAAUAGGAUGCAUAAACCUGCAGCCGACACGCCUUCAGCGCACACCCUGAAAGAUCCUGAACACCCGAAUCAAGAUGGUUCAUGUAGCACACUUCCACCUGUAACUUACAAGCCUUCGAAGAAAACACAUCCUAACCACAAAGUUUGUGAAGAUCCUGAUCAGCCUGGGCUGCGAAGCACUCCCAAGGACGAUCCACCACGCUCAAUUCCUGACCGAAGAUAG